AUGAAGAAGCGAUUGGGGCCCGGACACCUGAAGACGCUUGAAUGCGCCAGUCUGAAUGCGCUACUUCUAGCCCUCAACUCCCAAACAAGGGCAGCAGAGACAGCUUGUAUUGCAACACACGAAGCAAUGACAACUGAACUUGGGCCCGAGCACCCAUACACAUUGGAGGCGAUGGGCCACCUCGUACAGAUCUACCAGAUGCAAUCACGCUUCUUGGAGGCAGUGGAUACUGCCAACUCGCUGGCAAAGAUCGUCAGCUCUGCUCCGACAGAAACGCGUCCGCAGAUUUUGCAUUCUAGAUGCAUACGUGCGGAGAGUGAAUUGAAGAUGGGGAAUUACGCGACUGCGGAACUCGAAUUGGGUGAUGUCACAAAAGUUGCCCAGGCUAGCUUCAAAGAUAAUCGUCUGGAAAAUCUUCAUUACCAAAGUACAUUGGCCCUUGCCUACAACCACUGCGCGAAAAAUGAGCAGGCUGAGGACCUCGCGGGACGGGUUCUCCGCAAACAACUCAAGAUAUACACUACGCGUCAUGGUCAUGGGGAACGCGGCUUUAACGAAGAAAAAGUCGCCGAGGAGGAUAUGACGAGCCAGAUUGCGAUGAUUAUCAACAUUGCUUCAUUGGAACCACUGCAUUCCAUCAUCGAAAAACUGAUAGAUCAAGGUUUCAUUCUGACGCUCCGUCCGCCGGUCUUGGAAACUCUUUGGGUAAUAGCCCUGAUUUUGCAGCAAAAGGAGGAUCCAGCUUCACUCGAAUUGGCUAUCAGAUUACUUCAGGCAUUAUGGGAUCGCUUUGUUCAAGGUGGUCAAGUUGAAAGCCAGGAUGCGCUCAGGGUUCGUUACGACCUUGCAUUGGCCAUACGCCGUAAAGCAGAAGCGGAAACAAGUCAUGAAAAUGGUGAUAAGCGUUUAGGGGAGUCUGCGGAACAUCUCCGCAACGUGUAUCGAUCUAGAUCACAGGUUUUGGGACAUGAAAAUCCUGAAACGCUUUCUGCGAGACUCGAACUAAUCAUCACCAAUUGUACACUCGGCAGAUGGGAAGAGAUGCUCAGUUUAGCAGAGGUUUCUGAACGGGAGAAACUAGAGAAAUCUCCCGAACAAGUGGACUUUUUCUCUUCAAGCUCCCUGGAUCAGAAGAGUUGGACAUUAGUCCAAUCUGAGUCGCGCAAAAUCGCGGAUCUGCAUGAAGCGAAGCUGGGUGAGAACCAUCCUGAGACUUUAAAGUCCCUUUUGUGGGUUCUCGCAGUCCAAGCCCUCCUGGGCGAUAUUGCAACUGCUACCAAAACCUCAGAAAAGAUACUUAGGCGAUUGAAAAUGGUUCGAACGCAGCGGCUGGUAGAGUCUAUUCAUCUGGAACGCAAGCUUGCUUUAGUGGUUGUCGUGUUUGACAGGCAUUGGGCUGAUAUCAUAUUGAGAGGAACAAGAGAAACUAUACAAGAAAAGCGAGAUUUCAUGCCGGAGACGUGGCAAAUGCUCGACAAGAUGAUAAACGGAGAGCUUAGCCGUCUGGAACACAUGUCUCGGUAA